UUAAACGCCUUCAAUGUUUGGCCAAUCAGGCUACUCUCGUAAUAAGCUAGCGCGAGGUUGUAGCAACUGCUAAAGGAAACAUCAAGGGAAAAUUGUGUCAUACAGACAAACAAUACAGAGUUACCAGAAUGGGGAAAGGAGAUCCUAAGAAACCCAAAGGCAAGAUGUCUGCCUAUGCCUUCUUUGUGCAGACAUGUCGUGAAGAACACAAAAAGAAGAAUCCAGAUGUUCCUGUUAACUUUGCAGAUUUUUCCAGGAGGUGCUCUGAAAGGUGGAAGACCAUGUCUGAGAAAGAAAAAGGAAAAUUUGAUGAUCUUGCCAAAGCAGACAAGAUGAGGUAUGACAGAGAAAUGAAGGAUUUUGGACCUGUGAAAGGAGGCAAGAGGAGGAAAGAUCCAAAUGCACCAAAGAGGCCUCCGUCUGGGUUCUUCCUGUAUUGUUCAGAAUUCCGCCCAAAAAUCAAAGGCUCGAAUCCUGGCCUGUCUAUUGGUGAGAUAGCAAAGAAGCUUGGUGAAGCGUGGAACAACCUUAGUGAAGCAGAAAAGGAGCCUUAUGUGAACAAAGCUGGCAAGCUGAAAGAAAAAUAUGAAAAGGACAUUGCAGCUUACAAAACACAAGGAAAGGGAGGAUUUAUGAGUGCAGUUGCUGCUGCAAAAGUGAGCAAGGAGGAAGAUGAGGAGGAGGAGGAAGACUACGAGGAAGAUGAAGAGGAUGAUGAAUGAACUGUGCAGCAUUUUAACAUUGCUGUAAAAAGGAGGAAUGAGGAAUGCUGCUAAUGCAGUGCAUCUGUUUGAUGCUUACAUAGUGGUCUUGUACUACUGGAUUUCAGAAGUCCAUGAUUUUAUCAAGUUAUAAUUGCAUCUCAAUUGUUUUGUAUGAGCAUCAAUGAAGUGCUCAUUGUUCUCACUUUAUGCACUUUAUGUGCAAGAAAGCAUUUAACUUGUUCAAGCUUUGCAUUUUUAUUUGUUUUAAGGUGUUAAGGUCCUGGGUUAGGAGCUCUGGGUUUUAAACUAACUUUAUGAAACUGAUGUUACUUGUAGUGCGUGUUUGGAGCCAUGGAAUCUAACCCAAAUUCCAUUCCAUUAAUCCCCAAAGUACCAGUUCACUGGCUUAAGUUGUGGCUCUCUAUGCACUAGAGUGGUAGAUUUCACACUACACUGGGUGUCCCAUUUUUAGCUUCAAGCAGUUUCUGUAUAUAGUGUGAUAGCAUUCUGCUGCUUUACCCCUUGGUGGUGAAGGGUUUUCAGCUGGAGUUUCUUGAGCAGGUUUUGACUUUUGCUGUCUUGGGUGAAAGUCUAAAGCAAAAUCAGAUGCAGCAGUUUGAGUACUUUAAUUUUGCAGCUUUUUUGUAUAAAGGGUGCUAAAACAUUUUUUUGAAGUAAAAUAAACAGUAUUACAUUUUUAAAAUG